AUGGCAUCUAAAUCUUCCUUUCUCCCACGUCUCUCCCUUUCCCGCCCCGACAACUCCUCCAUCCUGCCCUUCCACAACAGCACAUCUCGAUAUCCCGCCCUUCGAAAUCAGCGCAGCGAAUACGAUCUAGACGAGUUAUCACCACAAGCCGAACGAGAUGGUCUCAUUUCGCCCGCAUUCGACGGACCUGCCCCAUCCAUUCUGCCCUCGAACCGCAAACCCACAGGUGCUUUAAACCGCCGGCCAUCCAACUCCUCCACCGGCUCAACAGAUGCGAAGAUCAGAAAAGAGCGAGGUCCCGGCAGGAUUAUGUUCGCUGGCCCACCACCUCCUAUCGCCAUGUCGACGGUCUUGUACCGUGAUGCUGAGGCGCGCUAUGACGACGGCGAGGAGGCGGAGGAGGCCGGGACUGCUUCAUGGCUCCCUGGCACCGCGCGGAAGGCCAUCAGGAGCGUCAUGUGGGAUCGAUCAUCCGUCGAUCCCGCUCGCCGUCCUGAUGAGGCCCCAGUCGUAUAUGAUCGGAAUUCCAUAUGGAGAAGCUUACAGCGGCGUGAGCGCGCCAUCGUGCAAGAUGUGCAGCAGUACUUGCAAAUCCAGGAGGGCAUUCUGACACGCGCGCGGCCGAGUGAUGAUGGUGAUGAGCACAGUAGUGGUAGUGCCACCCCCACAAGUGCAAGCGUGUCUUCGUCGCGGCGAUUACACCGGUCAAUAAUAGAGCCUGUGACUAGAUCGGGCCCGGGUGGAGAGAUCAUCCCUGUGCGCCAGCCCAAGCAAAAGAAGGCCGGGAUCAGUGAUGCGAGAAAAGGCAUUGCGGGAAGCAUGGCACAGCUAGCCAAUCUCAAAGUGGAGGAAGACGCAUCGAUCCUCAGCGCACUUUCGAUAAGGAAACAAGCCCUUGUGAAGCUGCGCAACCUGUCGACAAAACACGAUGACAUCGCCGGGGAGCUGACCGCCCUGGAGACGGACGAGGCCGAGCCGCUUGCCAGAGAGCUCGAGGAGCUGGGCAGUGAACACCGGGGCGUGUGCUCUGAGAUUGAGGAGCUACAGAAGAGGCUGACUGAAUUACGAACAAGACGUCGUUACUUGGAGCGUAGAAUGGAUGGUGUACAAAACCGCCGAGAGGCAGGCCUGAGUGGCUACAAGAAUGCGUUGAAGGAAAUCGAAGACGCGACCAACACCUUCCUCACGCGACCGCCAGUGAAGCCUUUAGACGUCGAGGCACUCACUGUGAGCACGAACAAGGAAGAGCCGAGGUCGACACCCGGCGGCGUCGAGUUUAUGCACCUUCGUCCGGAGCGUCGCACAAUCGACAUGGCCCGCGAAUGGUGGGAAGGUGAAGUUAGUAUUCUGGAGCAACGCAAGGCACAGGUGGAAGUAGAGCGCGCGGCCCUCGAAGAAGGCGGUCAAAUAUGGGACGAGGUCGUCAGUCUUGUCCUAGACUUCGAAACCCAGCUCCGGAAGCUCAUGGCCGGAGUGAUGGCAUCGUCAGUCCAUGGCGGCAAGGGUAAAGAGCGUGAAAUCCCACCCAAGGAGACGAUCCUGAAGUUACAGUAUGAAAAGAUCAACACUGUAGUGAUGGGCUUGGAACAACGGCUGCGCGUCGCAGAAGAGAAGGGAUGGAAUUUGCUCAUCGCGGCCAUCGGCGCGGAGCUUGAAGCCUUCAAGCAGGCUCAGAAGAUCAACAGGGAUAUGCUCAAGGAGGCAGGGAUCGUGCCUGAUGAUCAAUCCUCGAAUGACUUGUCGCGGGAGAAUUCAGGCAUGACCGGGAGCACCAACAACUCUUUUCAUACUGUCAACGGCGGCAGCACUAACCUGAAGGAUAUCCAGGAGCAGCUUCUAGAUAUACCGAACAACCACGAGGAUGAGAGAACCGAUGAAAGCGAUAACGAGGUCCCUGCCGAUUUGUUGGUCGCGCAACCGGACAGUCCCGGGGGAGGACACCGUGAUGACGGAGGAAAUGUAGACGGGGCAAACGAGGGCCCUUCAAUGGACCGUGAGAACAGUGACAACGAGGUGCCGCUCGAGUUCCUCGUCGAGCAUCAUGAUAGCAGGGAGUGA